CUUAGGAGGAAAUUAUGCAGAACAUUUGCAGAAGUUCCAUGUUUUUAAAAGGGAUUUAUUUGAGACAUUGUGAUCUUGUCCAAAAAGUUCGUUUUUUCUCUAUGGAGGCUGCAAAGAAGGCUGCUGGUUAUACUGCUAUUGAUAGACAUGUCAAGGACAAUCAAGUCAUUGGUAUUGGCAGUGGAUCAACCAUCGUCCCAGCUGUGCAGCGUUUAGCAGAGAGAGUGAAGCAAGAAAAUUUGCAGGUGAAAUGUGUGCCAACCUCUUUUCAGGCAAAUCAACUUAUAGUGGAGAAUGGUCUGUACCUUAGUGAUUUGAGUAGAAAUCCCAAGCUUGAUGUUGCAUUUGAUGGUGCUGACGAAGUGGAUGAAUCAAUGAACCUGAUCAAAGGUGGAGGGGGCUGUUUGACACAAGAAAAGAUUGUCGCAUCUUGUGCAGAAACCUUUGUUGUUGUUGCGGAUGAAAGGAAAGAUUCAAAGCAAUUUGGCCAACAGUGGAAACGUGGUGUUCCUGUUGAGGUCAUUCCUAUGGCUUACAGUCCAGUGAUGCUAGCCAUGAAGGGCCUGGGUUUGACUCCUGUUCUGCGAAUGGCAAAGGAAAAGGCCGGUCCAAUUGUGACAGAUAACCGCAAUUUUAUAAUUGAUUUUCAGUUUGAAAAGGUGGAAAAUUGGGAAGAACUAAACCAAAUAUUAAUGAUGAUACCAGGUGUUGUAGAGACUGGUCUUUUUAUUAAUAUGGCAAGCGAGGUGAUAUUUGGUAAAGCAGACGGAACCACGUACACAAGAAAAAAAGAUAACUGAAGUAAGAAUUAAUUGUCAAAACACUUUAGCAGAAGACAUCGCGUGUAGCUAGGUUUUCCUGGUCAGGAAAUUAAUGGCAAAUCAGUCCAUGUUUCUGGGACAGAGAUAUUGAUGUAUGAAGUUAGCUAGGCAGUUAUUUAUUGAUAUGAAAAAGCGGACGCAA